AUGCCAGCAGAUAGCAUAAACACAAGAAAACCAUCUGACAGAAAACAAUCAGAAACAAAACAAAACAGAAAAAGCAAAAUACAUGAUACAAAAGACACACAUAUUCACUCAAAAUCAAACAUGUUUGACAACACAUAUGAUGAAAACACAAGAGGUAAGAAAUAUCAUAGAAAAACAAGGUAUCAAUCCUCCUCCUCCUCCUCAUCUUCACGGUCAUCAUCAUCUUCCUCCUCCAGUAGUGACUCUGACUAUGACAGACACCAUCACCGACGCAGACACAGACAAAAAAGUCACAGUCCAACAUCAAAAUUACAAACAUUUAGUGGUGAUGGAAAAAUCAGUUGGGAUACAUUCAUCACACAAUUUGAAAGGGUAGCUGACAGGCAUGAUUGGGGAAAAAAGAAGCGUACUGACAAAUUGUUUAGUAGCUUAGAUGGACAAGCUUUAGAAUAUGUCUGUAAGCUUAACCUAGACAGUUACAAAAAGAUCAAGAAGGAAAUGAGCAGGAGAUUCAAUACCAAAGAGAACCCUAUCUCAGCUAGACGCAAGCUGCAGUACAUGAAACAACAUGAGGAUGAAUCACUCCAACAGUUUGCACAAAGAGUUCACUUCAUCACCAUUGAUGGUUACAAAUAA